AUGGCGAAAAAUAUGGAAAAUACUAGCUAUCGAAAGAUUGAUGUUGACGCAUAUGAUCCGGAGAACUACGAUGAAAAUGAGGAUGCAGGUGAAACUCCUGGACUCGGACCCGAUGAGCGUAGUGUUACAUCUUUUCUUCAAACUAAUCGGUUUGAAGAUGCUCUCCAUGCAGCACUUUUAAAUCCACCACUGAAAUGUAAAAAUCAGGCUGUCAAGGACAAGGCGACAAUGCUUGUAGCUAAAGUACUUGGAUCCUUCAAAUCCAGUGAAAUUGAAGCUGUAGUGAAGAGGCUUUCCAAUGACGAAGGCGAUAUUCUUAUGAAAUAUGUUUACAAAGCCAUGGAAAUAACACCAGAAAAUGCACUUUGUCAAACAUUACUUACAUGGCACUCCUUGCUAGUGGCUCGCUUCGGACUUGGAGCUAUUAUUCGUGUGUUCUCUGACAGAAGUCGUCUCUAA